CUCAGAGCAACAGAGCAACAUCCAGACAUCCACAGGCUACAGAGGAAGAGACACACUGACAACAUGAAAACUAUUACAGCCUUCAUGCUGGUGCUGAGCCAGAUGGCAAUCAGUCAUGCCGCCUGGGAAUGCAAUGAGGUCCUGGGGGUGAACCAUGCAACACAGAUUGAUGCUGGACUGGGACUUGUGGUGGCGACAGACAGAUCCCAUCAUUCUCAUCUACUGAGUGGAUCCAACUGGUACAAUCUGCCUGGCAAUAACCUCAGGCACGUCUCAGUGGGACACGCCGGGAUCUGGGGCGUUGACACCAAGUCCAAAGUCCACAGGCUCCAGGGUGGAACAUGGACAAAUGUCCCAGGUCACCUGAGGCAGGUGGACGCUGGAGGAAACGCUUUUGCUGUGGGAGUUGGCAACACCUACAACAGCUACUGUUUGAGCAAUAGCUACACUUGGGGCUUGAACCAUCUGGCUCAGUAUCCAUGGACCUCGUACCACAGAGGUUUGAUUUACCACAGCUGCGGUUACUUCGGAUGCUGGGCAAUUGACUCAUUAUACCGGGUCUACUUCACAAGGCAACUGUCACAGUUCAGCUGCGUCAAUCCCCAGUGGACCCUGGUCAAUGGACUGCCCUUCAAAAUGAUUGAGGUGGGCAGCGACGGAAGCGUCUUCGGAGUGACCCCAACUGGCCAAGUCUACCAAAGAACUGGUAUCAACGCAUCGGUUCCACAAGGGCUCAGUUGGGUCCGUGUCCCCAUGUGUGUGUCCAUCAGGCAUGUGAGCUACGACCUGGGCCAACUCUGGGCCGUGUCCCACUCCGGGCUCAUCCUGCGGUGCAUAAAUUCUCCGAUUGUGAAUCCACCGGUUGUUGAUCCACAAGGGGUUGUUGAUACACUAAUGGUUGUUAAUCCACCAACUUCAACACCAACAGAGGUGUAAAGUAUUAAAGUAUUUAAGUGGUAUUUUUGAAUGAUUUCCAGGUUUCUAGGCAUUAUGGAGUGGUUUCUGUAGUUCUUCCUGUCUACUUUGGCUGUAAACUAUUACACACCCCCAUAGGCUAAUAUACCAGCUGAUUGUUUAAACCUUUAGGCCGUGUCCCACUCUCAGUCCCACUCGAUCUGAGGUGCACAAAGUCACCAACUGUACACAAACCCUAACAAAUGGGUCUAUUUUUGUCACUCAAGUCAUGGGAGUUUUAGUUGCAGAUCAUUAUUUAAGUUUGAGUGAUUUCCAUGCUUAUUUAUAUGCAAUAUGGAGUGCUUUUGUGGUUCUUCCUGUCUUUUACCUGUAAACACAUCACCUUUCUUGACUUUCUUGAGUGUUCUGUGUAUAAUGCAUAAAUGAUUUAAUA